AUGGUUAGACCCGUGGCUGCACGAGAAACUGUCGCCGAGCCGCCAACGCCGCUGGCGACGCCGAUGUCGGCAACGGCACCGACGUCUGCAAGGUCGGUGAGGUGGGGAGACCUCGAGGAUGCGGCCGGCGCGCUGGAUCGGCCGCUGCUGCGUCAGCGCGGCGCCAACACGACGUCCCAGAUGGCCGUCGUCGGCGCCAACGUCUGCCCCAUCGAGAGUCUCGACUACGAAAUCGUCGAGAACGACGUGUACAAACAGGACUGGAGAUCCAGGGGGAAGAUCCAGGUCUUCCACUACCAGGUCAUGAAAUGGGUCCUGGCACUCCUUGUGGGAUCAGUCGUUGGCCUUGUAGGGUUCUUCAACAACAUCGCCGUCGAGAACAUCGCCGGGUACAAGCUGCUCCUGACCAGCAACCUCAUGAAGCAAAACAGGAACCUGGAGGCGUUCCUUCUGUUCAUGGCUUGCAACGUGGUGCUGGCGGCCUCCGCAGCUGCGAUUUGCGCCUACUUCGCCCCCGCGGCAGCCGGCUCUGGCAUACCGGAGGUGAAGUCCUAUCUGAACGGCGUCGACGCGCACUCCAUCUUAGCGCCCAGCACCCUCUUAGUGAAGAUUAUUGGCUCCAUAUUUGGGGUGUCUGCCGGUUUUGUGCUGGGCAAGGAAGGGCCGAUGGUGCACACUGGUGCCUGCAUUGCCUCCUUGCUCGGCCAAGGCGGUUCGCGCAAGUAUGGCCUCACCUGGAACUGGAUCAGGUACUUCAAGAACGACUUGGAUCGCAGGGACCUGAUCACAUGCGGCGCUGCGGCAGGCGUCACUGCGGCUUUCCGUGCCCCCGUCGGCGGUGUCCUCUUUGCGCUUGAGGAGGCAACUUCUUGGUGGCGGAGCGCUCUUCUCUGGAGGACAUUCUCCACGACAGCGGUGGCAUUGAUGGUGCUGAAGUCUCUGAUUGAGUACUGCCGCAGUGGCAACUGCGGCCUUUUCGGCGAAGGCGGUCUGAUCAUGUUCGAUGUCAGCUCACGGGUGACGACGUACACCGCCGUAGACAUCGUCGUGGUCAUAGUGCUUGGCAUCCUGGGUGGGUUGUUCGGAGCCCUCUUCAACCACCUCCUCGGCCGGGUCCUUCGCAAAUAUGGCUUCAUCAACGAGAAGGGCGCGCCAUACAAGAUCCUUUUGACGGCAUUCAUCUCCAUUGUCAGCUCAUGCUGCUCCUUCGGCCUGUCAUCGCUGUCGCCGUGCAUCCCCUGCCCGCCCGAUCUUCCCGCAGGCAGGUGCCCGACUAUCGGCCGGUCCGGCAACUUCAAGAAGUUCUGGUGCCCGGCAGGGCAGUACAAUGCGCUGGCCUCCCUAUUCCUCAACACCAACGACGACGCUAUCCGCAACCUCUUCAGCGGGGGCACCGACAGCGAGUUCAAUGUGUGGACGCUGCUGGUCUUCUUCAUGGCCAUCUACUCCCUCGCCCUUAUUACAUACGGGGUCGCCGUGCCAUCGGGCCUAUUCAUCCCUGUCAUCCUCUCCGGCGCCACAUUCGGCCGCCUCCUCGGUAAGGUAUUCGGAUCCGGGACCGGCCUCGACACAGGCCUCUUCGCGCUCCUUGGCGCCGCAUCCUUCCUCGGCGGCACGAUGCGGAUGACGGUGUCGGUGUGCGUGAUCCUGCUGGAGCUCACCAACGACCUGCUGCUGCUGCCGCUCAUCAUGCUUGUCCUGCUCAUCUCCAAGACGGUGGCGGACUGCUUCAACAAGGGCGUGUACGACCAGAUCGUGCAGAUGAAGGGGCUGCCCUUCCUGGAGGUGCACGGCGAGGCGUGCAUGCGGAGCCUGGUCGCCGGCGACGUCAUUUCUGGGCCCGUCAUCACCUUCUCCAGCGUGGAGCGCGUGGGGGCCGUGGUGUCCACGCUGCGGCGGACGGGCCACAACGGGUUCCCCGUGAUCGAGGACGAGCCCUUCGCGCCGGCGCCGGAGCUGUGCGGCCUCGUGCUGCGCUCCCACCUGCUCGUGCUGCUCCAGGGAAAGGUCUUCACCAGGGCCCGCGUCAAGACCAGCGCCGCCGAGGUGUUCCGCAAGCUCAAGCCCUUCGACUUCGCCAAGGUCGGCUCGUCCGGGAAGGCGCUGGAGGUGGACGAGCUGGGGCUCACCGACGAGGACAUGGAGAUGUACGUGGACCUCCACCCCAUCACCAACCGCUCGCCCUACACCGUCGCCGAGAACAUGUCGCUCGCCAAGGCCGCCGUGCUCUUCCGCGACCUCGGCCUCCGCCACAUGUGCGUCGUCCCCAGGACGCCAGGGAGGCCGCCGGUGCUGGGCGUCCUGACCAGGCACGACUUCAUGCCGCAGUACAUCCGCGGGCUGUUCCAGAAUGUCCUUCGUGAGUAG